GGGAGGGGGGGUGUUGGCUUAGCAAGCGAGCGAGGGCGCUGCAGCUAUUUUGAAAGUGACCCACCUCAUUGGGGCAGCCAACUGUGCAGCUGUCAGGAACCAUGACUGAAGAUGACCGAUUCGGUUGUCGUGGAGGGAUACGCCAGACUCAAAGACGGAAAAAAGUGGAAAACUAGGUGGAUCGUUCUUCGAAAGCCAUCGCCUGUAGCGGAUUGCCUCGUGUUGCUGGUUUUCAAAGACAAGUCGGACAAAGUCGACAGGAACAAGGAGCGCGCCAGCGUCACCCUGGAGGAGAUCUGCGGCCUGGAAAGCGGUCGGUGGUGCGAGGGCGCGUCCUUCACGCUGGCAAUUAUCUGCCUGACCCAGGCGGCUCUCCUGGGUUUCGACAACAAGGAGACUCUGCAGGCGUGGGAAGUCCGUCUGCGCUACAGCCUUGGAGAAGUUCACAGGUUCAGCGUCGGAGUCUUGGCGGGGACGAAGUUAGAAAGCGGACCAGCGACCCUCCACUUGUGCAACAACUUGCUAGCUCUCGUCCGGGACGCACCCCCCGUCGUCGUGGGCCACUGGAACCUUCCGGACCUGCGCAGAUAUGGGCCCGUACCAAAUGGAUUUGUAUUUGAGGGAGGAACACGCUGUGGUUACUGGGCUGGCGUUUUCCUGCUCACAUCUUCCGAGAGCGAGCAGAUAAGCUUUUUGUUUGACUGCAUUGUCCGAGGCGUCUCCCCUACCAAGGGCCCCUUCGGCCUGCAGCCCAUCCUGCCAGAUCCUAGCACCAGUCAGACCAAUUCUGAGGAGAGGCUGAACCAUGAGACGCGGGAACUGGAGAAGCGACUGAGUAUGCUCUCCAAUCGGAACAGCACAGCAUCGUCCAUGUACUGCGCGUCCCCUGGGGGCGACGACCGGAGCAUAUCUGGUUCCUCAGACACCUCAGACACUAGCCAAUCGGACGGCAGCGUUUCCAGCCGUUUAGCCAUUUGGACCGAAUCCGGCAGCAACCCCGUGGACAACAACGUUGUGGGCACCAAAGUGGCGAGUGUGGAAAAGCAGUUGGCCGACCAGGACUGCGGGAGUGGUUCGAGAGUCAAAGACCCUAGGCAGCUACAGGAAAUCGGUCGCCAGAGCUCCUUAGACAGCGGUAUUGCCACCGCUAGCCAUUCCUCUUACUCUGGAAGUUUCUCCUCAUACACAGGAAGUCUGGACAUUAGCGGUGGUGAUGACUUUGGGUCAGUUUUUAGCCUGCCUCCCCACUUGGCUCAAGACCUGACCCCUUGUUCUUGCCCCAAUGUUUCAGGACACGAGUACAAAGUACCAACCUCCCUUAGGUAUGUGUACGAUACUCCCAAGAGUCUGGUACAGGAGUACCCUUGUUUAGCUAAGGACUCUCCUGACCCUGAAACCAAGGCUUUAAAAGGGGGAUCUGAGGGUCACCUCAAAACCACAGCAAGCUCACACAGCAGAAAAACAAGGGGGACAGCCUCUAGUGACAGCCCUGAGUCCUGCACAACCAAAACCAUAGUGACCAUCUGCUCGGUAUGCGGUGGACUUCAGGGGACGACCCUUAACCCUGCAAGUGGUGCGGCGAAUCCCACGUUACCAGCAGAUCAAAGUGUUGAUAAAUCACCGCGCAGAAGGAAUGCCGGCAUUGUUGCCCCGGCUCACAGCUCAGACAGGACAAGUGAGGGGUCACAACUUCCCAAAAAAGGGCAGGAGAAACUAGCCAGUCUUUUAGCCCAGUUCCUGCGUUAUCCCAGAGUAACCAAGGAAUCGAAUCCCAACCGCCAUAACUUGUACGAAGCCAUGAGCCCUGCGUUACACCUCAAACCCCCACCGCCACUCGGCACCCGUGCACCAAUAACUGAUAUCAUUUACGAAAACUGCUCCAAGUGUCGCGGUGCGCACUGCCGCCCGCACCCGUGGGGCGCCACCGCCGAAGUGCGUCGCCACAGCAGAAUCUUCAGUAUGCAGACCUUUCUAACUGGGCUGCACCUGAAGAAAAUGACAGACGAAGAAGGCUCUGCUCAUGAAGCGCUGCACACUGAUGGUCCAAAUAAGGAGAUGAACGGUCAGUCUCUGACCAGUGAAGACAAAAGGCCCAGUGGCAGAGAGGAGCGACGCAAAGCUGAUCCUGCUUAUGAGAUCAUGGAGAGCCGAGCAACAGAGAGAAACUCAGAGGUGGACGACAAACGCAAGUACGAACUGAUGCUCGGCUGCGGUCCGCAAAAGUUGCUCCAAGAGACGGAAGGGGCACCGUUGGCAUACCCCUCGGAGGCUUCACUCGCCGAAAGGCCUCGCGGCGACGGCGUGACGUACGUCAAUAUUCCAGUGAGUCCCACAUCCAAGAAGCAGCUCAACUACAUGGAGCUAGAACUGCAGGAACCUGGCACCCGGGGAACUGUUGUACUGGGGCCUGGACAGAGUAAAGGGAAGGGUUCAAGCAAAUACGCCCAGAUUGACAUCACUGCCACAGAGACCGCUCACAAGGUGGGUACCCAGCAUGCUCUGGGUCGCCAGGAGGGCCUGCAUACUCUGGAGCGGAGAAGGAAGGGGACGCCGCAUUGACCUCAAGGACCAGACAAGCAAACAGCAAAAAAGCCUCAUUUUACAAGUACUGCUGUUUUCAGAAUUUGGAGUCGAGAGUUUGUACUAUUAUUCCUAACACUGAGUGCAGAUGUAAUCAUUUUUACUUAAAAUAAUCUAAAAUUGUUUUUUCUUUUAAAUAUCUGUAAAUAGAUCAUAUUCCUGUGAUAUUGAUGUGGUUUGCUAAACAUAACCCCCUCCAUACAUGUACAGUACAAUACAGCACAUCUAUGAGCGAAAUACAUGACUGCCAUUACUUGUUUUGUAAAAUGAUGAUUUUUAACGACACCGCUGCUUCCUCCUGUACGUGUUCCAUCUUUCACCCUCGUGAACAUCACCUGGAUACAAAAUUAUGCAAGUAAAAUGUUACAAUAACUGAAGAAAAACUUACAAUUGGUUUGUUUUUUUGUGUGUGUUUUUGCACAGAUGAUGCCACUUACAAGACAAUUUGGUUUAAAUUUACUACAAACGCGUUAGCGGUUGAUUUGUACGUCAGAAGCAAUCGGUGGCAAAUGCUCAAAGCCUCCAGGCUUUCGCUCGCAUUUCCCAAACCCAAUAAAGUCCAUCCGUUGACCUCCUUCGCGCCGGUUACUGGACUCGCGUCGGCCCAACUCGAUUACGACGUUGUCGGCGCUCAUAAGGUGAAGAUGAAAUCCGUAAUAUUACGAGGAAAAGAAAAAAAAAAUCGGAACGUUGCACCAAUAAACAGCUUGUCGCCACAGCAGUGGUGCGACUGCUAGUUUCUCAGCAUUCCCACUUUGUACAAAAAAUCAACUGUGAAAAUUUGUCUCUCAGCAUUCGCACAAUAUCAAAGCGACAAGCAAUCAAGUAGGACGCAUUCUCUCCUAUCGGCGGCUCCUUUCUGGCCAGCAGGUGAAAUGUGUUGUUGUGGUUGUCUGGCCGGUGGUUACAUAAUUGCACUAAACAGGCGGCCAUUCUCGAUCUGUUGCCAGUUAAGAGGCGUUAACGUUUCGGGCCAAACGGGAGAGACAUCUCAAGAACAACAAGAAAAGACUCAGAGUGAUACAAAGACGCUUUUGCGCCACUUUUCAUUCUUGUCCAAAAGGAAAUGUA